AGGCUGAGCGGAGGGAGAGCUGAGCUCUGUGCACCCACUGACUCACCCAGCACCCUGAGCUCUGGAGAUCGGAUAGAAAGCGGAGCGAUUCCCCCCCCCCCGGACCGGAGCCCAGAUUCGGAUCAUGUACCAGGAUUAUCCAGGGAACUUCGACAGCUCCUCCCGCGGCAGCAGCAACUCCCCGGCGAAUCCCGAGGGUUACCCCGGCGGCUCCCUGUCUACCGCGAUCCACCAGAAGUUCAGGCCAGAGAUGCCGGGAUCGAGCAGUGCCUUCAUUCCUACCAUUAACGCCAUAACCACCAGCCAGGACCUGCAAUGGAUGGUUCAGCCUACGGUGAUAACCUCCAUGUCCAACCCGUACGUCCGUUCGCAUCCGUACGGCCACCCUGUGCCCAACCUGUCCUCCGUCGCCGGGCACGCGGCCAUGCAGAGACCUGGCGUGAUCAAGACCAUCGGCACGACGGCGGGCAGGAGGAGGCGAGAUGAGCAGCUGUCACCUGAAGAAGAAGAAAAACGAAGGGUGAGGAGGGAGAGGAAUAAGCUGGCGGCGGCAAAGUGUCGCAACAGACGACGAGAGCUGACGGACAAACUGCAAGCAGAAACCGAGAAACUGGAACAGGAGAAGUCUGGACUGCAAAAAGAGAUUGCAGAACUGCAGAAGGAAAAGGACAAGCUGGAGUUCAUGUUGGUCGCCCACUCGCCCGUGUGCAAGAUACACCCCGACGACAGGACCAGCUCUUCUCAAAGCGCGCGCAGCAUGAUCCCGAGCCGGGUUGUCGUGAAGCAAGAACCCGUCGAGGAAGACAUCGCCGCCUCGUCUUCCAACAGCAACAAGACUCAGUCAAGGUCGGUGAUUAAGCCCAUCAACAUCGGCGGGGGGUUCUUCAACGAAGAGCCGCUCAACACGCCGGUUGUGAUGUCCUCAACGCCUCCGAGCACUCCUAACACCGCCAACCUCGUCUUCACCUACCCAAGUGUACUUGACCAGGAUUCGUCCGCCUCCCCUUCGGAGUCUUGCUCUAAAGCCCACCGCCGGAGUAGCAGCAGCGGCGACCAGUCGUCCGACUCCUUGAACUCGCCCACCCUCUUGGCCUUGUAACGAUGGCUGCGGAAGGAGAGCUGCCUUGUUACAUGUGAGGAGAUGUCAAGAAAGGGAAAUCAUCUGCCAUCAGGAGCUUCCCAACGAAGCGAUUGGAUUUUCAGAACGUGCUUACGGGACGAGCCUUCGUAAGAUGCAACCUGUAACUGGAUAAAACGCUUCGGCGCUUCUCUUGGGCUGCAAAGCGGGCUACAAAUGUUUCCAUUCCUUCAACGCGUCCCAUCGUACCCAACUCGGAAAGGGGUCCCGGUGUGGGUUAUUUGUAGUCGCUCGUGCACCCAAAACAUUUCAUCAUCUUUAUGUUCUGAAAUCCUGAGAGCACUUUACGGGGAAAGUCUCUGUCUUAGUGAUUUGAUCUUCACUGGAUGAAGGUACAGAUUUUUUAUUAUUAUAAUUAUUAUUAUUAUUGUUAUUAUUACGCUUUACCCAAAUUUAAAAAAAAAAAAAAUCCAAACCGCUCUGGGAGUCAACUGGGAGAUCCCAACAUGGAAGGAGAUUUAAACAAAAACAAAAAAAAAGGAUCGAAACCUGUCGGUUGCAGCAGAUCACGCCAGACGACCGUGAAACUUGCACAAUGCCAAAGACCGCUCCGGAACCUUGCGUUCUCGCAGACUCUGAAAUGAAUGAAAGGAUUUGGCAAAAGGAUUAUAUAUAUAAUAAAUCAUAUAAACUUGGCAA